CCUUGGCUGUUCUGAGAAAGCAUGACUUUUUUUUUGGCUGGGUUAAAGAGACAGUGAUAUCUAGAAAAGAGCCAUUCAGAUCAGGGAAGCACUGAGAGGCAAAGGACAGAUUUGGACCUCCGUGUUCCUCUGGCUUGUUUCUUUCUCAAACAGCAGGCUCUUCUGUGUGUUCUACCAUGACCCCGGUUCUGCUGUUCCUUUGCUGUGUUCUGCUGUCCCCGAUUGCUGCCUUUCCAAGAAAUGCCCAGAAAGGGGACCUGACUUUCCCAUCACCUUUCACAGAGCCUGAGACUCCACCAAACGUGCUCUCCAGCCAGACUCCUCUCCCAUAUCCCAAGUCCUGCCAGGAUCUCUUGCACAAGACCCCCUCUUUAGCCCCUCUGCCCGAGUACCUGUCCAGCUUAGCUCUGAGGGUGGCCCUGGAAGAGGUUGGCUGCCCAACCGAGGCCCACAUUCUGGAGCUUCAGCUCUUUAAGAUGGGAGGAAAAGACACCACUGAAACCUUCAUCCGUGAAAUUCAAAAGCACAAGGCAGCAGAAUGGGACAGUGAUAUUAAAACCAUUCUGAGGGAUAUGGUGGGAUCCCCAGGGGACCUAGGGCGGGUUCGGCGCUCAGCUACCAUUCCUGAGGAAUGUAAGGAAGAAGGAUGGGUGUUCUAUGAGACAGCAAAGCUGCUGAUUGAAUUUGCUGAGAAGUUACCUCCCAGUGAGCUGGUAACAGAGUUCAAGAAUACUGCUGUCAAUGUCACUCAGAAGUGCACGUUAGAGUCUUGGGAACAUGUGCUAGAGGUAGGCGAAAAAUUGAUGACAAGCCCUGAACUUAAGAACUUCUCAAUGCCUAUAGAAGAAGAGAUAAGCUUCGUCGUGCGUUUCAUAAUCAUUAUGAAGCAUGCUAUAUGGAAGAUGAUACAGGGGUACUUAGAGAUUUAUUAGGAUAGAGAUUGCCACCUAGAUAUCACAUUUUCUUUCUCAGAUGUCUCUGGUAGGACAUCUUUCAGGGACUGGGCAGAGUAGUCGGUAGAAAUAUUGGGACAGCUUAGGACCAAUGUGUUAUGCUCUUUAUUAGAUCCCAGUGCCAAAAGACAUGUGACCCGAGUCACCCUUGCUCCUGUCUUAGAUUUCAGUCCCUAUUACUUCUUCCAGUUUCACUUCCUUUCAGUCCUCAAAUAUUGUGCAUUUAUUAUGUACUAGGCAUGAGGGUAUUUGUAAUCUUUCUCCACUCAUCUAUCUUGUAUUUUCUAAUUCUUUAGUGGAUGCUGUAGCUUUCUUAUGUUAAUUUUUAAAGUGAAAAGAGAAAUAAAAAGCUGCUUCUAUAUAUGAAAAGCCA